AAGACAGUUGUUUGAAGACAGAAGUGUACAGAACAGCAGCAAUUCUGAUUUUGUGUUUGGAGAAAACAUGGUUGAGAGAGUUUUGAGUCCUGAAAAGCAUCCCAAGUCAUGUAAUGAAGCUGAUUCAUACAAAGGAGAAAUAACAUCCAUGUACAGAGAAUCUUUUCAUGUCAGUCCUCACACAACUUUGUUGAGGAAUGCAUCACUAAUUGAAUCAGCAGCUGCUUGUAUUUCCAAGCCAGUGGAGAAAAUUCUGUUAGAUAAAGUUGAAGUUAUAACUGGAGAAGAAGCAGAACACAACGUAUUACAGAUCAACUGCAAGCUCUUUGUAUUUCAUAAGCUUUCUUUAACCUGGAUUGAAAGAGGCAGAGGAUCCCUGAGGCUUAAUGACAUUUCUAGCAAUAAACGUGGAAUGUUGCAGUCAAGGCUAAUCAUGCGAAAUCAAGGCAGCUUGAGACUGAUUCUCAACACCCGACUCUGGGAUCGAAUGGUCAUAAAAAGAGCAAACAGAAAGAGCCUGUGCUUCACUGCAACAGACCAAGAGGACCACUCUGUUCAAGUAUUUCUAAUUCAGGCAAGCUCGAAAGACACUGGGCACCUGUAUGCAGCAAUAUAUCACCGCCUUGUGGCAUUGCGAAGCUUUGCUGAGCAAGAGCCAGAUGCUAAUCAAGUAGACACAGAGUCAGAAAUAGCUUUUCAGCCAUUAAAUUGUGAUAGUGAUGAUGAAGAUGACGAGAAAAG